CGCACUGGUUCCGUUGACUGAUGGAAUCCGGAUCUGUUGAUGAUUCAGAUUUCGCCUUCUCUCCGGGCGAUGUGUUCACCGAAUUUGCAAAGUUUAAAAUCUCCGAGGCCACCGCGCUUACAACAAAGAGGGGUGAUCGGAGAAUGUCUGUUAAGGAGUUGAAAAUAAUGCGUUCGGAAGUUGGGACAACGUGUCAGAUUCGCAGCAACCGCGCCCGUAUAAUCGGUCUCUGGCGGACUGCCUAUUCAAUGGUUCUGCGCUGUGGUGAUCCGUGGGCCAAAUUCCAUCUGGACCAGUUACCUGUAGAGUUGGCGAAACGACAUCGUUAUAGUCCACUGCAAUCUCAGUGGGUAGAAGAUGUCGUUCAAGUGCGUAUAGAGGAGAAGUCUUUCGGUCGAGGUGCCAUGAGAGAGUGUUUCCGAGUCAAGAAGCUAUCCAACUUCUGUCAAACUGAUGACUGGUCUCAUGCUGGAAACUUCGUGGCCAAGCGUUACAUUGAGCCAGUGUCUUCUCAGGUCUACUUUGAUGAUGUCCGUCUACAAAUGGAUGCCAAGCUGUGGGCUGAGGAAUUCAGUCGCCAACCGGCAAUUGCCAAAAAGGUUGACAUUGCUCAAAUGUGCGUGUUGGAAUUCUUCAACCGUCCAGAUAAACCCCUGUAUCACCUUGAGCAUUUCAUCGAGGGUACCUAUCGCAAGUACAAUUCAAAUUCAGGCUUUGUCGAUGAUUUUGCAAGGAACACACCACAGGCCUUCAGCCACUUUACUUUCGAACAAAGUGGACAUCGUCUCAUUGUUGUCGACAUUCAAGGCGUUGGUGACCUCUGGACAGAUCCGCAAAUUCAUACAGCCGACGGUACUGCAUAUGGGGAUGGAAACCUGGGGAUUCGCGGAAUGGCACUGUUCUUUCACACGCAUCGAUGUAAUCCUCUGUGUGAGGCAUUGAAUUUGGGCCAGUUUGAUUUGUAUCCGGGUGAACAACAGGCCUCUGCGUUGCUCGUUCGGUCUCCAGGUUCCUCCGACUUGAAGUUGGUUAACGGAAGCUCGAAAAAUUGCGGUGGGCAGUUUCCUUUUGGACCAACCGUGGCUGUUCCAAGAUCACGGCGCAAGCAGAACCAAUCAAGCGGUAGCGAAGAGGGCGUGUUUGUCGACCCAGCGGACUUCACUGAGUCGCACAGUUUCCCCAAUGGUGACUUAACCUUCCUACCCUCCCAGUCGCCAGUACUAUUACGUGAUUCGAAGGUUGAGGUCGUGGGAAAGGCACAUUCUCGCUCCAGUCGUGAUAGUAGUAAAGAUGAUGUGAACUAUACUCACGAUGGUGGUUCCGAUUGCAUCAAUUUCACAGAACAAAUGGGUUCUUUUAACAGCCCGGCGGUCUCCGGUGAAAUAUCCCAUGACUCGGGUGUUUUCUUUGGGCAGUCCACUCCGGUUAUACGGUUCCGUCCUGAACGACAUCGUGCGUUGACAGGCGACUCCUGUUCUGAACUUCCGGACGAGGGGAUAAACUCCGCACGGCAGGCCUCCAGCAGAAAGAGGGAAACGGAAAUGCUCCGGUUUUUCGAAGCCCGACGUGCCGACCAUCGCAGUAGCUCUGUACACGCUGUGCGGAUAGAAGAUGCAAAUAUCCUCGGCCUGAUUCACCAUGAAAUGGCCCGAUUACAUGCCUCUGGACGGUUCGCCCCCCAGAGACCUGACGCAGUACGAAAGAAUGGGUUUCUUGAAGCAGGUGAGGCUCCAUCCGAGGCCGGAGCAGAUGCUCUUGCUGCCUUGCACAAACCUGAGAACAUCAACUGGGAGGCAGUGAUUUUCCACGAAGAACAAGCAGUUAUUCUUGGUUGCUUCGACGCAAUUGAAUGUAUGGCACAAUACUAUCUUGGUUUGUUGAUCAACGGACCUCUGGAGGACUGUCCAAUCAAACCCGAUCCUGUCGAAGCACGCAUCCAGGGCCUAACCUUAAUUUCUGCGGCUGCUGCCGCUCAGGAUCGCCGCGCCAUGCUUUAUCUGGCCGAAGUGAACUACACUGGCAUCGGCAAUACCCCGACCGAACAAAACGGCCCAACACCAGAUUGGGUUACGGCAGUUCACUGGUACGAGGCGGCUGCAAAAGCAGAUGACGACGAGGAUAACGGGAUUGAACGAGGUAGCCAGAGAGCUGGCUACGACUCAAUGAGUAGUGAAUGGCCCAUUUAUCGACUACAUGGACGUCUAGCUGAGAUGUACUCCAAAGGAGGUUACGGACUCAAGCGAGACUGCACGAAGGCCUAUCAACUGUUUGAAUCCGCAGCUGAAGGAGCAACUGAAGCGAUGAUGGGACGUCUAGCAAUGCAGUACUAUGAACAGGCAGCGCUUCUGGAAGAGUUUUGUGAAGCUUCCAGUUGAUAAACUGUGGAACCCUACCACACCAUGUAGCAUAAUAAUAAUACAAGUAUUGCCCCAAGGAGGACACGUUCGACACGCCUUUCCGGUGCUCAACACAACUACUCUCUGUGCCUUGUAUAUUUCUUUUUUUUUGCCGCUCAACCGCCCAGUUGACUUGCAAACAAACAUUCAUUUUGUGCACUGAGAAGGUGAUUACACUGUAAUAUAGAAGACAAUAAACAGUCCUACCUUCUCUGCGAUUUCUGAUGGACGAUCACCUUUCUCUUCUGUCGCGUGAAACUGAUUUGCUGGCCUGAUGCCCUCUGAUCCGAGCGUUUGUUCCGCGCCUGUUUCUGAGCUUCUAGACCCCGAAGAACUCCCGUCUCUCACACCCGGUUUGCAUUUUCUGAUAUGGUUCAAAACAGAGUUAUUGUUUUAAGAUCCAAAAUCCUUACCUAUCACCGAUUGACAUGCUGUUUUGAUGCAACUUUGUUCUGAUUGGAUUUGGGUACCUGUAUUUUCAUGACUGUAUACAAGACUUGGUUCUACG